GUUAGCAAGCACAGCCAUUGCAUUGGUUUUCCCCUCUUCUUUGGGUUUUGUUUAUCCUCGCGUUCUUUUGUGGCUGCUUCGCUUCUAUUUUAGGGGACGAAGCCAGGACUGCGCUGCUCUGGCUCCCUUUAAUCUCAUGAUGGAACGUUUUCUUCAUUUCGGAGCGGUAGUGCUGCUCUUACUAAUGGCAACUAAAGUCCAGACGCAAAGUACUAUAGCAGAUGCCUUAAAAUCGCAAUGCUUGGACAACGUCAUGAUGAUGACCCUAGAUAGUUCCGUUGUUUGGGGGAAUUAUCUCCAGAUUGAUGCCCUCAAUGAUACCGAGUUCAUUACGAUCACACCGGAGAUCGCAGCACAAUGUGGCUUCAGUUUGACGGUGGAUGACUGGGGAAACGCCACGUUUCUUGCCUCCGUUCUGAACUGCUUUUCUAAAAAUGUGGAGGAUGCAACCUUCAAUCUCUCUGUAAGAAUUAGAAUUUCACCAAAUGUGGACAUGUCUACAGCCUCCAUGUAUAAUUAUUCUAUCAGCUGCAACUACUCCACUUGGGCAGCCAGGGAAAUCCUCUGUGAAAGAAACUACAUGGAGGUGUCAGUGAGAAGAAGAGUACCUACUUUAAAGCAAGGUCUUCAAGAUGAUGACUGGGCUGCAGCAUUUACAGAGGCUACUAAGGCUGCUUACAGAAUCUGGAAGGUGGUCUUCUACCUCCCUGUUCAGAAGACCAUGACUGCAGAAGAAGCUAAGGAAAGCGGUUAUGGGCUUCUGACUACUCCAUCAAGACUUGUCCUUAGAUCUGCUUACAAUACAUCAGAGAGUCAAUUGCAGAUGCUGGAUUCUGUGCCAAUGGCAGUUGUCCGAGCAACAACAUUUUAUAAGCAAAAAUGGAUGGUUAUGCUGGUGGAUUCAGCUGUCGCCUGCCCUGCUGAUGGUGUCACCUUCACAGAAGACAUGAUAACCUGGAGGAUCCCAUACAUCAUCUCUCCUCUUGUGACGCCACAGGCUUUUGAGCCUACUAACAUUAGUUUGGGAAUAAAUGGCCAAAAGCUGGACCCUACAACUAUCCAAAACCGCAACUAUAGCCUAGAUGUUGGCCCUGCAGUAAUAACUGCCCAGUUUCCAGUGGGAGCAUUGGGUGGUUACUACAAGAGCCGUGUGAGGAACAACAACUAUGGAAUAGUUUACAGAAUUGAGCCAAUGCUGGAACACCAGUGGAAGGAUGAUGUGUAUGAUGAAACCAAAUACAAGAUCCUUCAUCCAAUUACCACACCAUUCAUGCCAAGGCCCCCUACUGUAACAAAUGACACCGUGCCAGCUAAUAGACUGUUCAAUGUCACCCUGGACUCAUUCCUACCUGAUGUGGAACUUGUGAAUAUCACCUUUGGGAAUGAAACCCUUACUAUACCAGAAGCUAACCAGCUGGGCUAUAAUGUCCAGGAGCACAGGUUUCCUAAUGGCUCAAAGUGGUUUACUCUUCAGGUGCCUUUUGAAAGCCCACAUGUCUCAAAAGAGCCAACCUCUCCAGACACUACAACUUACAUUCUGCCCUUGGUGUAUGGCUUGAAUAUCGUGCCUCAGAAUACCCCUUUUACCUAUCCAGCUGUGAUUAUUGCCAGCCUGAAAGACAUUGUUCCCCCAUCUGUAACUGGUUACUGCAGCCUGACCCAAUUCUACGUGACAAUCAAACUUGGAAACCUAGGCCAUAACUUUGUUAUCUUUGUGGGCAAAAGGCAACUUACUCCCUCAAUGGCUUCAGACUAUGGCUAUACUGAGAACUCCACAUACAUCUGGAUGACUUUACCAUAUAACUGUGCUGAUGCUGUUUUUGAGGUGAUCAAGUCUUCAGAGUUGAGAAGCAGACUGGAUCUUACACUGGUAGAUGAAGAGAGGCAUUGGGUCUCUGCAAGUUUCUCUCUCUCCUGUAGCUUUCCAGUGAAACUGAUUGAGUGCCUUUCCAAUGGAACUAUGCCAACUAUUGCUGUGAAAGUAGAAUCGGUACCUGAUCUUAACCCAGGGUCCCUAACCUUGAGGGAUCCAAGAUGUACACCUCUUCAGUAUGAUUCGGUCACGGCAGUGUUCAGGUUCAAUGUCAACACCUGUGGUACAACUAGGAAGUUUUCUCAGAACACAAUGAUUUAUGAAAAUGAAGUCCUGAUGACAACCUCUGACCCACAAUAUAGGUUUUUGGUUACCUGUUACUAUAAGAUCAAUGACACAAAGGUGGUAAGAUUUGACACCAAGAACAACCUUCCCUUUGUCCCAGAACCUGCUCUAGGUCAGCUGGUUGUUGUGAUGACCCUCUCAGUAGAUGGAUCCUACAAUGAGUUCUAUACAACUUCAGACUACCCUGUUGUGAAGUACUUGAGAGCCCCUCUCUAUUUUGAGGUCAGACUCCUUUACAGCAGUGAUCCUCAAGUGGAACUGUUCCUGGAAGACUGCUGGGCAACUGGUAGUGCUGACAGAAACAGCUUCCCUAAGUGGGAUGUCAUUGUGGACAGCUGUGAGAACUCUCUUGACCUGUACAAGACUGUGUUCCAUCCAGUUUCCAAGACUACAAGAGUGCCAUUUCCAAGUCACCUGAAGAGAUUUGAAGUAAAAAUGUUCUCUUUUACUAAAGAUGAUGCUGCACUAAAAGGCGAGAUUUACUUCCACUGUGAUGUUGUAAUUUGUGAUGCUAACAGCCCCUCGGACAAGCUUUGCCGUGGCCAGUGCAUUCCGAGUAAACAGAGGCAAGUGCGCAGUGCUGACUAUGACCACAGGAGGGCAUAUGUAUCAUCUGGCUUAAUACUUCUGGAACCCUAAAAUCUUAUACCUUAACUGGUCUGGGCUAAUGCAUGCAUGCCAUAAAUGCAUUCUACUGUUUUGAUGUUCCAAAAUGUGUUGAACCUAAAUAAAAGGCCAAAUCUGA